GGUGGGGGGCUCCCGGCUGGCCUGCUUGGGGCCUGGCUGGCAGAGCGCUGAGGGGCGGAGGGGUCCGGGAAGGCUGGACAUCCUCCACAAGGACAUGGUGAAGCGCUCAGCUAAAAGACCUCGACAGUGGGCAUGCAGUAAAGGGUGGGCUCCUCUGAUUUUUGCAAACUUGUCUUGCAGCUCUGCAGACCAGGUGACGGUGCAUUUUAUAAACCGGGAUGGAGAGCGGCUUACGGCCACAGCCAAAGAAGGGCAGAGUUUGCUGGAAGUGGUAGUCAAUCAAAACGUGGCCAUUGAUGGAUUUGGUGCCUGUGAAGGGACGUUAGCCUGCUCCACCUGCCACCUCAUCUUUGAGCAGGAUGCCUUCCAAAAGCUGGGUGCCAUCUCGGAUGAGGAGCUGGACAUGCUGGACUUGGCAUACGGGCUCACUGAGACAUCUCGCCUUGGCUGCCAGGUGUGCAUUAAGAAGUCGAUGGAUGGUCUGACAGUGCGAGUCCCCAUGGAUGUAUCAGAUAUCAGGAGGCAGCAAGAGGUUGGAAAGCAAAGCAAACAGUAA